AUGAUCAGUGUAUUGUAUUUACAAGGGAACAAGAAUACAGUGUACCACUUCAUCAGAGAAUUGAUCGAAGAAGGAGAGUAUGCAUGGUUUAUUAAUAAGGAGGGUCGAUUCCUUAUCAAAUGGGACAAUGCUGUUGAGCUUUACAUCCAUUACAGAGCAAAGAAAAACCCCCGGUUUGACACAAACAUCGAUCGGAGAAAGGCCAGCAACAGCUUCAGAGAAGCUCUUCUUCAUCGCUAUAGUGAUGAUGCAGAUGGAGCGAAAGAGUACGAGGAAAGCAGAAAGUUUAGCGGAAAUAACAAAGUUGUUGAGAGACAGUUCCAAAUGCCUCUCAAAGUGUUCCGUUCACUUUUUGGAUCAGGUGAUCAGUCCGAGACAAGUGGGAUAUCAGGAAGUGAUCCAGAAGAUCAUGGUUACGAGGUUGUUAUGAGACCUGAUAUAAGUCCUUUGCAG